AUUAGCAAUGGAAACUUGGCGAGGCGAGUUCUCGCUCAGAAAUUAAACGUAACGUAUAAGUGUACAUGUUGGAAUGUAACAUUGAAACAUCGAAUACGCUUGCGCGGCCUCCGUGCAACAGGUUUCCUCAGAGGUGCCUUUCUUUUAUGGGAAAGUGUCAUCUGCGGGUUGAUUUUCCCUCCCUGAAAUAUCGACCGCCUAAUCGCAUGCUUUCAAAUUUGAUGUGUGUGAAAUGCGGCUGGCACGUUCUCACGAUAUUAUUUCGUGCGUUUCUUCUCUCAUAUUUGUUUCCUCCCUCAUAUUUGUAUUAAUUUAGGCAAUUUCCGCUCAAUUUCGUGCUACAAGGAGGAAAAAUGAGCAAUAUAUUGGUGAUAAGCAUGAAAGAGCACAUGCAUUCGAGAUGCAUUCUUCGAGAGAUGCAAAUGUUUGUCGAAAAUCGUGAGAUGAUUGAUAUAGAAACUUUAUACUUUAGUUUCAGUAAAACUCUUCUGCGAUCUGUCGGUUUAUGGCCGCAUCAACAUAUGAGACUCAUUCAACUUCAAUAUAUUCUUUCAUUUGGUAUUCUAUUAACUGUCAUCGUGUUUCACUUCACAACGUUUAUGACCGCAGAAUGCACUUCGGAUCUAAUCGUUAAAGUUCUCGCUUCUAUGUUCGUAUUUAUAAAUAUCAUAGUUAAAUACAGUUCAUUCUGGGUAAAUAGGGUAACUAUGAAGAUAUUGUUGGAACAACUUCAAAAAAUAUGUAGCGAGCUGAAGGACGAGAACGAGCUUGCUAUCAUAGCAAAAUACGGAAAUAUCUCAAGAAGUUACACUAUUUGGUUCACAGUACAUUUUAUUUGCGGCGAAUCUUUUUUCAUUUUGAUUCAGUCUUGGUCGAGCAUUCUUGAUUUUGUCCGACCGCAAAACGAGUCCAGACCGCGCAUUAUAUUAUUCCCAAUGGAAUACUUUGUGGAUCAGCAAAGGUAUUUCUGUUUAAUCUUGCUGCACAUAAAUAUAGCUCUUUGCAUAGCAGGCAUCACAUUAGUGGGAGCGCUGGCGUUGCUCUUCGCGUGCCAGGAAUGUGUCUGCGGGAUGUUUACAAUCGCUAAUUAUCGUAUAAAGUACUCAAUGAGAUACAACUCGCUGCGGAAUGUUGACUUGACCGAUAAAAAUUUAAUUUCCGAAAGGAUAACCAGAGCUGUGGAUAUUCAUCGCAAAGCUAUGAAGUACUCCAAGUUUUUAAUGUCAAGAUUUGAGGUGGCGUUUGGCUUCUUAACAAUGACCGUAGUGAUCACUUUGACCCUUAAUCUCUUUCGCAUUUUUCAGAUCAUGUCGUCCGAAUUUAACAUCAUGGAACUGAUCUUACCCGUUGCAUGGGCGAUAUCUAUUAUUCUAUACAUGUUCUUAGUGAAUUACAUUGGACAAGAUCUUACGGACCACCAUACUCAGAUAUUCGUCACCGUAUAUAACAUUCAAUGGUACAAAGCGCCUUUACACGUGCAGAAGUCGAUAUUAUUCCUUUUGCAAAAAGGUUCCAAGGAUUUCACCCUGACCGUGGGUAGUAUCAUCAACGGUUCUCUGAAAAGCUUCGCUAUGCUAACGAAUACUUCGAUAUCCUACUUCACUGUCCUAUAUUCUACGCAAAAGUAAGGCAAAAAUUUAUGAAGUAAGAGUAGUGUUGCAAAAUGUAAAUGAUUAGUGACAAAGCAACAGCAUAAUUCUGAUUGACGUAGAAAAGAGUAUGCCGUAGCAUAGUUUGUGCUAACUUAUCUAAGACGUAAAAUAUAUAAUCUUUCAAACUCAACAAAUUAAUACGAGAUAUCAUGCAGUUUUCAACCGAUAUAUACUAUAUCCGAUAUAUACUAUA